GUAGUCCAGGCUUGCAACAUACGAAUGGCUGGCAGAACUUUCCCAAAUAUCACAUGAUUACGUGCCUGUCAGCAUUUAACUCGGAACAGUUAUGAGAGACUGCAGGAAAAUGAAUAGAUUUGACACAUUGUCUUCAAGGUGAUAUGACAGCCAGUACCAGGCAUCAUGUCUGUGGAUGGCCACCGGACGUCCGUUUUCACUUUCCAGUCUGCAGUUCACAGUUCCCAUGUCCUCCGCUCCCUGGAUGAGCAGCGACAGAACGACGUGCUGUGUGAUGUGACCGUUCUCGUGGAAAGUCAAAGUUACCGAGCGCAUUCUUCAGUGCUGGCCUCUUGCAGUGACUUCUUCCAUUCCAGAUUCCUGGUCCACGCCAGUCAGAAUCGAGUCAUCACUCUUCCUGACAAUGUGACCGUGGAAGGCUUUGAACCACUGCUGCAGUUUGCCUACACAGCAAAGCUUCUCUUCACCAAAGACAACAUUUUAGAGAUCCAUCGAUGUGCAACAUUCUUGGGCUUUCAUAACCUGGACCAAUCCUGUUUUGAGUUUCUCAUUCCCAAAUUCCACAAGGAUGCCUGUGUCACAACAGAUGCUGAAAAAGCCAAAAGGAAGUCCUGUGGUGACAAAGGGCAUCAAUGUAAUGACACAACCACAUCCGGCCAAGACCUGGUCCCGGGUGAUGUGUCCAUAGACAUAUCCCCGAACACAACGCAUGACAUAUCCCCCAACACAACGCAGGACAUAUUCCCGAACGCAUCAGAGGCCAUAUCCCAGACCAUAGCACAGGCCAUAUCCCCAAACACAACACAGGACAUAUCCCAGACCACAACGCAGGACCGCGUAGGCAUUGCAGGCCAGUGCCUAGACCCCUGCCUUGUUGGUCAGCCCUCACAGCCCAGCACCUCUAUGUUACCAGAGGAGAAUUUAACCCUGGGCUUCCCCUCACCAAAGAGCCCUGCAUUCCCAGAGGCCCAUGGCCAAGACCAGUUCUGCCUGCAAAACUGUGGCCCUGAGCUGCAGCCCUCAUUAUCCACAGCGCCAGAGCAAGUGUGCCCCUUCCUGAAGAUGGUGGGCUCGAGUGGCGACGUCGGAGACUCCAUGGCAGACGAGGCUAUGCUAGAUCUUGCCAGCAGUGGCUGCCCGGAUGAUGUUUCCAUGGAGACCUGUCCCAUUCUGGACCAGCAAUCUCAGUCUCCCCUCUCUGGUCAAAUCGGCAUGCCUGAGGCAUGCAGUCCACCCCCAGACCCAGCUAUGGUAACAGCAAGGACCCCCAACCAAAGUAGCCAGCGGCUGUGCCAGCUGAACUCGCCCGAGCUCAUAGAGCCAGGGAGCGUUGUGGGCAGCACCGACGCAGAGUCUGACCUCAGUUUCGACACUGCUGGCCACACGCCGUCCUGUAUCCCCUCCAUGAAAACGUCUGGAAAUCGGAGCAGCGUCGAGAGGGAGGUGGCCGAGCACCUGGCCAAGGGCUUCUGGUGCGACUUGGGCACUUCCUUGUCCGAGCCCAUGCCCCUGGACGAAGUGGUGGAGCAGUCCGCGUCGGAGAACGCCAGCGCCGCUGCCGACUUCCACUGGCUCAAGCACCUGGAUCUCAGCUCGACCACCGGCGAGUGCCCCUUCCUGAGGAACCUGGGGUCGGAGGAGGCCCAGACGCCGGUGGUGGACUGCUCCAACCUGCCGCAGCAGGAGAUGAGCCCGAGCCCCUGCAUGUCCCCAAUCAACUCGGAGGACGACCUGCACUCAGACACGGAGGGGGAGAGGGAGGGGCGUCGGGAGCGGGCAGAGGAGAUUCAGCUGCCCUUCCCGGUGGAGCAGAUCCCCGCCAUGACCCGCAGCGCGUUCCAGCAGAUGCUACGGCAACAGAACCUGACCCAGGAACAGCUUGAGUUUGUCCACGACGUCCGUCGCCGGAGCAAGAACCGCGUGGCCGCCCAGCGGUCCCGAAAGAGGAAGCUGGACUGCGUUCGGAAGCUCGAGUGCGAGAUUAAGAAACUGCGAGGUCAAAAGGACAAGCUGCUGCAGGAGAGGAGCCACCUGAAGCUGAGCAUGGGCCAGACGCUGCAGGGCCUCUCGGGCCUGUGCCAGGCCGUGUGUGGCGAGGCCGGCCCGCAGCCCGACCAGCUGCAGCUCCUGGCCCAGCACCUGUCCCCCAACUCCCCCUCCUCGGUCCUCCUCACCCCCAUGGCGUCGCCCAGCCUGGCAGGCCAGGAGCGGGACGUCCCGGCGCCCGACGGCGACGGUGGGAGCAGCGGUGGCGGCAGCGGCAGUAGCGGCUGUGGCGGUGGCAGCGCCACCAAAGAGCCCUCCGAGGUGGAGGCGGCGACCCCAUGCCCGCAGGUGGAGCCUGCCAUGCCAGGCGAGAACGAGGAGUCGAGGGAGGAGCGGACGGGCGACGGCCUCCUCAGGGACCACACCGCCACACCCUGAUGGUGGACCCAGGUGGACUGUCUGUCUUUUCUGGACUUUUUUUUUUUCUUCUCCUCCCUCUCUCUACUCUCCACGGGUGGUUUGUCUGCUUUUUUUCUGACUUUCUGACUCGGGGUGGGAGUACAAAGAUAAAAUCUUGCUCUCUUUUCAUAGGAAUUAUGCAAUAUAUGCAAUCACUUUGGCAUUAAAUGAACUGACUGAACAUUAACAAGAUAAAAAAGACCUUUGACCCCGCUAGCAUUUAUACUGUACUAUGCAUUCAUUUGAGUUGGGUUAGAUGUCAGGGACAUCACAUUUUGGAGGGAAAAAAAGAGGCUGAUACUGGAUAGAGUUUUUCCAGUAUCACACCACAGAUUAAUACAGACUAGUUAUUACUGUACUCGAUGCAUGUUGUUAAUGGCCUGUUUCUGAUGCAAAUAAGGAAUUCUUCGAUGUUAAUGAUGCACUGCCCUUUGCAUACCUGCUUCAUUUAAACCCAUUUGAAUUUCUCAGCGUCAUGUUUGUGCAAUCCUUCACUACAAGGCUCUGUUAGUGCGUCUUAACUUACAUUGUGUGCAUUGCUAUGAAUCGAAUGGAUUAUGCUAAUCUGUGUCAGGUGCACAUUUGUUCUUCUCAUGCAGAAUUGCAUGUUGCUACAAACAUAAAAAAAAACAACAUGUGCUGAAUAUGCUAAGCUCACUCAUGUCAUUGUGCUUUAUUAGAGUUAUCGAGGUUACUAACAUUUUGAUUACAUAGUACAUAAUUCCAUCCAUAAUUACAUUUUCAUUUUAAUCCACAUUUUCAUUAGGUUAUGUAUUUUUUUGGUUUUGAAGUUAAAAUUCAAAGGAAAAGCAACCCAUUGAUCUUCAGCUAGUUGGCUAGUAGAUUUCCACAUUUGACCAGUAAGCUCUUUGCACAGACAGGCUCUAAGGAAGGUUUACAUCUAUACAGGAGGUGUUGAGAUUAACUGCAUCAACGGCAUUUGACAGCAAGGUGAAGCCAUUAUCAUCUGUCAAAUUACCAAUCUAGCCUACUUUGUUGCCAAAGUUUAUCAUGUCUCUGCCUUAGAGGUGGAACAAUUUGAUAAUAGUUUGCAAAUUUAAAAAAAAAGAAAAGAAAAGAAAAAUCACUGCAGCAGCCAACUAGACAUGUAUGACUUGUCAAGUGGAGAAAAAAUUAAUACAGAACAUCAAAUUAAUUCAGGUUUCCCCUGGCUCCCCUACCCCCCCCACCCCAUUUCUUGUGUUUACUGCCGCUGAACUCUUGGACCAAAGUGCAGAUUAUGGGGCGCCUUCAUGCACCCCCUCCCCCUCCCCCCCACAAAAUAAAAAAAGAAAUCACCACCACCAUCACACAACCCAUUGUGCUGGUAUCGGCUUCGCAUAGCCUCUCUAUAUAUGCCCGAUGCAUGGCUGAGCAUGUGCCCAUCCUAUCUCCCCGACGCGUGUACCAACCCCCCCCCCCCCCGCCCCCAAACGUCUCCGGCCUUCCCGUGCCCAUUUUGCAUGCAGACGCCAGCGCGUUUUAGAUUGAAAAUGCAUGAGCUAAGGCCCAGGCAUGCUGCACAAACACAACAGCCCCCUUUCACUUUUAAUUAGAAAUGCAUUCCAGUUACUCUUGAUAAGAGUGUUUACAAAAUCAAUAAAUGGAAAUUAACAGUU